AUCGAUAACUCCGAUGUUUUCAAAGCAUUUUCCUCGUCAAAAUUUGUAAAUUUUCGUCUAGACAGCUGGAAAAGUGGAAAUAUUAUUUUUUUUCACGGGUGCGACGUAAACGAGAUAGUUUCUCCAUAUUAUUUCAGUAAUCGGAAGAUUCAUAUACAGCCCACAAGUCGGAGCUGGGAAACAAAAGUGCGAGUGAGACGAAGACGAACCGGACGUGCUUGGCCGUUGAAUUUUGAUUUUUAAUUUCGACGCGCAGCCGUGGCGCGUACCCUGGCAGAGUGCAAGCCGCUUAAAUGGUUUAUCUUUUAGUUGUUGCAAUUAUUUGAGCAAAUUCCGAGGUGCAAGUGUGUUAAUAGUAAAUAUAAAGCGACGGACGCUGCCGCUGAGCUCACCCCUUUCCCGCAUCUCUGUUCGUGUCCCCGUUCGCCGGCUGUUCCUGUGUGUUUUAUUUGUGUGUGUGUGUACGCGCACUUUGUUCUUUUGCGCGCCGCUUUUUAAUUGAGCAAUUGACAAGAAAGAUAUUAAACAAAACGAUGCCCUGGCAAUGGACGACGCAUGCAUGAGCGGGCCAGGCUUCAAUAGUUCACAAAAUUGACGGUCACAAACUAGAUAAUUCCGAAAAACUCCUUGGGUUUGUUUUUGACUGUGUUCCGUUUUCGUGUGCGUGAGUGUCUUUAUCGAAAUGGAAACUAUUGAGGAGCAAUCGAAAUGCGAGAUGUCCAUUACAACGCUGCCCACACGGAUCUGCCUGGUGGGCAACGUUGGCCAGGACGCGGACACGCUGCUGGCAGCCGAGAGCUUCGGCCUGCCCGUUAUAACAUCCGACUCUGGUCUGGACACCGCCGACGACAAGGAAUGGCGGACCUUCUACGUGAUGGGAGACUUUGAGGGCGACAACUUUCAGGCGCUGCACAAGCAGAAGGAAUGCAUUCUGGGCCCGUCCGCUUUGAAGUACGCGGCAGAGAUGAAGCAGACGCUGGGCCACAACUCGCGGCCCAUUUACAACUACGCGAUGCGCGGCGUCGUCACUUGCUUCACGGGCAUACGCAAGAAGGAUGAGCUGACGAAACUGGUGCACCUCAUCCACUCCAUGGGCGGCUGCAUCAAGAAGGACAUGAACCCCAAGACAACGCAUUUGAUUUGCAGUCACAGCGGCGGCGCCAAGUACCAAUACGCCAAGACCUUCCGUUUGAGUGUCGUUCGGCCCGACUGGGUGUACGCUGCCUGGACGGAACGCGACAACGUGCAGUUCGAGGCCACGCAGGACGGCUUCACCAAGAACCACCGCCUGAAGGCGUUCGAGGGCCAGAAGGUCUGCUUCUUUGGCUUCCCCGCCGAGGAGCACCAGCACAUGGUCGACGUGCUGCUGGAGAACGGCGGCGUCUGUGCCGACCUGGACGAUCCCGAGUGCUCGCAUGUUGUGAUGCCCAAUACGGGCGCUGUACUUACAAGCACUAGCUCUAGCACUGAUACUAACCCAAGCACAAGCACAAGCACAGGCUUAGGCUCACUAACUAACCCUCAACCACAACCACAACCACAACCACAACCACAUCCACAUCCACAACCACUACCCACCACCCCCACAACAAGCGUCGGCGGGGAGCCACGCUCCCUCCAGACACCCACAUCGUCGCUAGGCAGCGCGCGGGCAGCAGGCGGGGCGGCAAACGAAGGCGAACCCAUGGAUGAGGCGGAGAUCGAUAGUGCAGGAGGAGUCGGAGGAGGCAUGGCGCGGGCCCUGGAGCAGGCGCUCGAGGAGAAGGAGAACGAGCGGCAGGCCAAAGAGGACGACGACGAGGAGGACAUCUUCUUCGACGAGCGUCUCUUCGUGGAGACGGCACCUGUCCUGCACAAUGCUGGCGACGAUCAGCUGCCAGAGUCCGACGAGGACGAAGAGCCGCAGUCGCAGCCGCAGCCGCAGCCGGACCCUGAGGAUGUCCAGGCCAGCACUCCGAAGACGAGCAAGCCGCGCAUCAGCCUCACCACGGCCACGCCCAUUAAGACGCCCAUCAGUAGUUCCCCUGAAAUGAAGACCAAAGAGGCGACGAUGGGAAUGGCGAUGGCGUUGGACUUUCAGAGCGACACGCCCAACAUAUCGCCCAUCCUGAAGGCCAUCGACGAGUGUGACAUGGAGACGGACGAUCUGUUCGAGGAGGUGGAGCCAGCCACUGAGAAUGAUCUCAAGCGAAAGCGCGACAGCAUCGACAACCUGUCCCUGAUUUCGGUGGACUCGUACGUCCUGCCGGCGAGCACCAAGAAGCCCAAGCUGACCCGCCACGGCUCCAUCUCGCGCACCCUCCGUCGCUCCGUGAGCUUCGUGGCCGAGCCGCUCAAGAAUGUGCUGCGGCCGCGGCGCAGCUCGAUUGCGGGGGUCGAUGCCUACACCAUUCUGGGCAGCGAGGUGGCCGAAGACUCCGUCUGCUCGAUGGCCUCGCUGAACGAAUCGAUCAAGCGGCCCGUGAAGGGGCUCCGCAACAUCUGCAGCCGCAUCACACGAAGCAGCACUCGACGCGCCGAAAAGGAACGCGAUCGCGAUCGUGAAGGCACUCCCGAGUGCUCCUACGCGCCGCCGCAGCCCAUGGACAGCGGCUUCAAGACUCCGAAGGCACCCAAGCAACGAUCCUCUGCCACGCCGAAGAACUCCAAGCGCCUCUUCGGCCCCGUCUCCGGUGUCGUGUCCGCCCUGGCCCUCACUAACGCCCCUUCCCCCUCCCCCAGUCCCAGUCCCAGUCCCCAGAUCCCCCUCAAUCCCACUGCAAAGCCCAGCUGCGAUACCAACGACACCUCAUACACACCGACAUCGAAAGCGACAUCGUCAUCGUCAUCGAUCAUGGCUUUCUGUGCUGCUGCAGUCGUCGUCAACGCAUCAUCAUCGUCGUCUGCUGCUGCUGCUGCUGAUGCUGCUGCUGCUGCUGCUGGGCAUAGCGCGGUUCAAGAUAUUAAAGAAGAAGAUUCCCCCGAAGGGUCGGCACGCGAGCCCAUGCAAAUGGUGGUGGACGAGCACACGACCGUCGCGAAGCCCGACACCAAGAGCAAUAACACACACAUCCUGAAAUCAGACUGGUUCUGGUAUACCAUACAGAAUGGCUAUGCCAACGAGAUGGACUAUCUGUUCGGAGACUAUCUGGAUAGCAUUACGAAUACCCCGAACACGGACCGUCGGGACUCGCUGCCCGUCAGCUUUAACAAGAGGAAACGCAAGCGUUUGUCGCAGCGCAUCCAGCUGGAGGGCACGCCGCUGGGCUCAGGCAAGCGACGCUCCUCUGUGUCGGAUGCCGGCCUCCUGUCCGUCUCCAACAGCCUGUUCGACUGCACCACGAGUCCGGACAAACUGCUGGACAGCGACGACAAGCUGCUGCUGCACUCCGAGCCGGAGCCCAUCGAUGGCACGCCCGUGAAGAGAUCCAUGCGCUUCAACCACUUCAUGGACUUUUUCACCACAGAAUCCAACUACGUCGGCAUACUGGAUACCAUUUUGAAUCUCUUUAAGAACAAACUGGAGGAACUGGCGGAGACGAAUGAUCCGCUGCUGAACAAGUCGGAGAUCAAAUCGGUGUUUGGCAACUUUCUGCCCAUCCACGAGGUGCACCAGAGCAUGCUGGAGCACCUGCGGAAGCUGCAUGCCAACUGGCGGGAGGACUGCCUCAUCGGGGACAUCAUCAUCGGGCACCAGGAGGAGCUGAUCAAGGCGUAUCCGCCGUACGUGAACUUUUACGAGCAGAUGAAGGAGCAGCUGCAGUACUGCGACCGCGAGUACCCCCGCUUCCAUGCGUUCCUCAAGAUCAACCAGACGAAGCCCGAGUGCGGCCGCCAGAGCCUGCAGGACCUGAUGAUCAGGCCCGUGCAGCGCCUGCCCAGCAUUAGUCUGCUGCUCAAGGACAUCCUGAAGCACACGGGCAGCAGCAAUGCGGACCACGAGAGACUGGAGGAGGCCCUGAAGGCCAUCAAGCAGGUGACGCUGCACAUCAACGAGGACAAGCGUCGCACCGAGUCGCGCAUGGCCAUCUUCGAUAUAUUCAACGAUAUCGAAGGUUGUCCGGCGCACCUCGUCAGCUCCAACCGCAGCUUCAUCGCCAAGUGCGAGGUGAACGAGCUCUCCGACUCGUUGAGCGGGCGGGGGGACAGCCUCCUGCUGUACCUCUUCUCCGAUUCCAUCGAGCUGUGCAAGCGACGCUCGCGCGGCUUCAACACCGUCAAGUCCCCGAGCACCGGGAAGCCGCACAAGCACCUCAAGCUGAUAUCCCUCAACACGAUCCGCUUCGUGAUCGACAUCUCGGACAGCCCGCGCGCCUUCGGCCUGCUGCUGCGCGGCGAGAAGGAGAAGCUCUACACGUUCACCAUCAACGACGAGGAGACGGACAAGAUCAGCUACAUGAAGAAGCUCUGCAACCAGAUAGCCGCCCACAUGUGCCGCACGGACGCGGACAAGCUGCUGCUCUGCCACUCCUCCCAGGAGCUGGACGUGGACAUCAGCGAUGUGAAUGUCAGCACGCUGAGCAAGGCCUUCAAGCUGGCAGCCAAGACGCGCCUGAAGGUGGGUCGCGCCUUCUCCUUCAACAAGACCCCAAACAAGCUGAAACGAGCCGUUUCCACCAUGAUGACCUCGCCCUUUGGCAGCACAAACUCCUUGACGCCCUCCUCCCAGCUGGCCCAGAUGCGUUUGGCAGCAAACAGCUGCAGAAAUAUUAACGAAGUGGCCGACGAAGACGAUUGCUCCAGCAUGAGAAGCAGCUCCCCAUCGACGCAGUCGGAAACGCUGGUGGUGCCCCCAAUGUCUGUGCAGCCCACGCGCAAGAGCAAGGCCGGCGUGGGCGUCAGCGUGGGUCGCAUUUAGAGUCGGGAUCGAUUCGGAUCGCCUCCCAAUAUCCCUCCCAAUUCCAUGCCGCACAACUCGAGGCAUCUUCGAAUUCGUAAUCUCACAGACAACAACACAGAACACAUCAGAAACAGAAACAGAACCAGAAAUUAAUUGUAUUUUUUAAACAUUUUUUUUUUUCGUAUUAAUUGUUUAGAUCGUAGAACAAAUGUAUCGUUAAGUUUGUCGCUUGUCGAUGAGCAGCAGAUGGCAAAUGUUGAAGCGUUUGCCGCCGCACACCAUCGACCAUCGAAUAUCGACCAUCGAAUAUCGAAUAUCGAAUAUGAUUAUGAUUAUGACCGAUUGUAUGAUCCAACUGUAAAUAGUUAUCCCUCCCUCUCUCUCUGUCGAGAAAGAGAGAGUUGCGUAUAUGUAAACCCGUAACCCGUAACCCGUAAUCGUGUCCGUGUCACCACACAAUCGUAGAGUAGUGUCUGGAGAUCGAGAUCCGAUUUCCCAUCCAUUGAUCGACCGAUCGGUCGGCUUUGAUUGCCACACGACACACUGCAACACACACUGCAACACGCUGUGAAUGUUUACUGAGUAAAUUUUACAAAAAAAUAUUAAUUUUCAUAAUUAAACAAGAUUAAUUUUAAACAA